AUGUCUGAUCCCACUAUGAACAGCCCAGAUAACGGCUCGCACAAGCGCAAGAGAGAUGGCUCCGAGGACCUAGGUCCCGACCCUCAGCGUCUUAACCGCUCUUCCCACGGAAGCAACGGUAGCAUGGAUAACCAGCACAACUUUGGCCACGGAGGGCUUGGCAACUACGACCACGGACUUCCCAACACUGGGGCCGAACUCAACAUUGAUCAACAGAUUCUUCAGCAUGUUGGUCCGCAGAAUGGUCUGUCUGACGAUAACGCCUUGACCGCCAACGCCAAAGCUGCCCUGGCUGCACACACCCCUCAACACAAGUAUCCCCCUCCUCCCGAUUCCGGCUUCGAUGCCAGCAACCUCACCCAAGGGCUGUCCUUUGGCGAUGAGAUGAAUCAACCCCCCAUGGGAGGCGGUCACAAUCACAAUUCAACUGCCGCUGCCGUCUACGCUGCACGCGAGGCUCAGAGCAUGAACCAGAAGCCUACCGUUGGUUCCCCCGAAUGGCACCAAAUCCGCAAGAACAAUCACAAAGAAGGUAAUAACCACAUUUCCGUCGCAUUCGUCCUUCCAUACUCAUCCCUUCUUCUAGUUGAACGUCGCCGCCGCGAAGCUAUUAAUGAGGGUAUCAACCAGAUUGCUCGUCUUGUGCCCAACUGCGAUAAGAACAAGGGCGCGAUCCUGCAACGUGCUAUUGAAUACAUCCUGCAGCUGCAGGAAGAGAAGAAGAACAUCGACGAGCAAUUCGAGAAACACAGUCUGACUGCUAACCAUGCUAUCGCCGAGAUCAGCGGCUCGAACUCCAAGCUCAAGAACGAGGUCGCCCGUCGCAACAACAUGGCCUUGAAGUGGCUGUCGCGUUGCCGUGAUGCUGGCCUGGACUUUGAUGACUACGAAGAGUCCAAAGAGAUGGAGUCACUGGAGUUGGAUUAG